UGUAGAUAAACGUCCUUGAACACGCGAUUAAAUUGUUAAUCCUGGAAUUAACAAAAUAUGACGGAGCAAGAAAAGAGAGAGAGAGUGGAUGACCUAUCACCGAAUCGUUCUAUGGUUCGAGGGUCCUCAGCUAAAUCCGAUAAUGCGGUUGAUAUAAACUUGGAUCUAGAUCCAGAUCUAAUGCUGGAGGUAGACAUUCCCCUACACAACACUGACAGGACCCACACUACGCAGAGUUUUAGGACCUCUGCGAGGACAAAGUCGGGAUCGAGGAAAGUGAUGUCUGCUGGCAAUGACAAAAAAAGUCAGACCGGUAGAUCGUCAGUUUACAUAAAGACAAGAGCGAGACCUAUUAAACCACACGAGCCCGAGCCGUUUUUGAGUAUUGAUAACCUUUCACCAGACAAAUUACAACAGCUGAUGGCAGAACGGGAGGCUAACUGUUCGUCUAAGAAUGGAUCCCAUAAAGACAAAAGAUCCAAGACUCCAGUUAUAUCAACCAAUCAGAAUUUUCCUUUUUGGGCAACAGCAAAAUCUCCGUACAGCUCCCCUGUUCCUCCUAGGAGCUCCUCCCGCUGUGGUGCCAGAACACCCUCCUCCAUGAUUUUCCUCUCACCAAAUCCAACCUCAAGAGCAAACCAGCAUGUCAAGUCACCAUUCAAGCAUGCCAUAACACAGAAAAGGGAUUUUGAUGACAGUUCUACAUUCAGUGAUAGAUCAAGUGUUAGAACCCCUGCCGCUGAGCUGAAGGAACGGACAGCAGUAGCCACCUAUUGUGUGGGAAGGGUAUUAUCUAAGGAGAGGGAUAAACCAGAACAGAAGAAAGUCCAGGGAAAGUUGCUUAAGGGAAAGCUGAAACCUUUAAAACCUGUUAAUAUAGAAGGGCCAUCUGUUAAAAACUGCAGAGGAAUUCUGUCAGAAACAAGAAGUUACGCAGCUCCACCUAACCGUACGCUGACUCGUAGAAGGGAAUUAAUCCAGAGAAUUCCCAAUGUUCACGAAUUCCUGUAUGACAGACCUCGUACCGUAGAGUCCAUUCACAGAACAUCAGCAGCCUCUAGUAUUGAUGAGAAUCGAGAACUCAAAGAUGAUGAGGAAACCCCUCCAGACACCAGCAGACUGUCACCUGUGGAGUCAGAUGUCAAUAUGCCAGCAGCCCCACCAGCUUCCAUGGCAACAACUUACAAAGUGGUGGAUGGAAUGCUUCAGCCAACACCAACCCCAAGAAACCUGACAGAGCUGCAGUCAACAAGUACAAGAGAAAACUUCUUGAAGAAAGGAGAUUCUAGUUCUAACUUCAAUGACAAUGCCUCCCGACGACUGGAGCCAGACAACACACUGUUGACGACAUUUGAGGAACCAGAGAGACCAGAAACCCCGGGGGAUAAAUCUAAAAAUGUCCGCUUUUCUGAUGGUGUCCAUCCAGAGAAAGCUGUCAAAGACAACACACAGGAUGAGAAUAUUAUGGAAGUGGAGGUCACUGUUAAAAGCCAAGACAGAAAAGAAAAAGAAGAGAAAGGAAAGAAAACAUGUAAAACAAGUGAUUUAGAUGAUAUGAAAAAGAAGGACAAUGAUGAGGACCCUAAUGGACAAGGAGGUGAAGGGUCAAAGCAAAAUUCUAGUGAGAAGGGAACCAGCAAAGUGAGUGGUACCAGUGAAGGCAAGAGUGAGAAAAGAAAUGAUGAGAACAAAGAGAAUUAUGGGAAACAAAAUAAUGUUGAUCCUCAUACAGAAAAAUCUACAGAAGAGGAAUUAAAAAUAGAGACAACACAGCUCUUAGCAACAUGUAGUGAACAGCCAAAGAAAUCUGGUGCUAGCACACCUUACACAUUACUAUCUAGUCAAGAAAGUUCAACCCCAAGUGUGCUGAACAUACAAACUGUGAUUCAUGGAGGAAGCAUUCAUCAUCUUGUGGGUCCAGAGAGUCCACAUCGCAGUCGGUCUCCAAGUCCUUCCAGAAGUCCAGUUCGAAGUCCGGCCCGGAGUCAGACUUCAUGCUUUGUCAAGUCUAAAACAGAUAAAACCAACAAGCUUAUUCGACCUUCUUCAGCUAACCAGCAAACUCGAAAGUCGAGGAAGGUGUCAAAAGAAUCUCAUAGUUCUACAGAAACACUUACAGCAAGGAAAUCUAAAGUGUAUUUUGAAGGAGAGAAGCCCCCAAGACAGUCUGUGUUUGUGGAAAUUGAGGGGAAAAAUGGAGUUUCUGUGGACUUAAAGGAGGAAAGAACCUUAACUUUUGAGGAGAUUGAGGCAGAACUGAAUUCUUUGAAAGAGGACAUUGAGGAGAGGAGAAAAUUUGAAAAUAUGGGCAGGAUUUCUAUAGAUGACAACAGUGAUGAUCAAAGUCAUGUGGAUGAAGUCAACAUGGAUUUGAUAUGUCUACCCACUGAAAAUGAACAUGAAAGUGUACAUGAAGACAUGAGUGAUUAUUCCACCUUAUUGGAUGUGUAUCGCAUAAAGUGCAUGGAAGUUAGUGAAAACUGUGGUAUCAUAAGUGAAGCCUUAACUUCUGCAAGAAAACCAGUAUCAAGACCUAGAAGUGGUGGAGCAUGGAGAGAAAGAAGGGAACACAGAAAUACGGAGAGCAGAAGGAACAGUUUUCAUUUUGAAAGAAACAGUAGCAGAAGCAAUGAUCUAUCUUCAUUGGAAGAUAAUUGUUUGAAACACACAAUUUCUGACAUUUCUAUCGCAGACAGUGGAUACAGCAGGGCUUCAAGUGAUGUUACUCAGAAGGGAGAGAACUCUGUUCCUCGACUGAACCUUCAGGUGGAGGAGAACAGUGAUAUAGGACAGGUCGAAACUGAGAGGACAGAGGAUAAAACUCUGCUAGAGCUGGUGUGUGAUGAACUGCCUGAUGUACAACAGACCUACGGAAAUUUUCCAGAGAAGAAGAAGCAGAAUGAAACAGCUGACUUAGAAGUCAUUGCUAAUCCUAAAGAAAUUCAGAAGUCAAAAAUCAAGAAGAAAGAAAAUCCCCAACAAGGUGCCCCAUUUGCUCCCCUGUGCUUCACUGUCAAUGCCCGUCCCCCAGAGGGAUAUAUCUACUACUUUGCUUAUGGUGCAGAUAUGAAUCCCUCAAGAAUCUCUACAUACAUACAGAGGAAUGUUAAAAACAGAUUUUGGGGAUUGCUGUUUGGUUUUAAUUUAGUCUUCAACAAAAAAGGAUCUGAUAUAGAAGCUGGUGCUUUUGCCAAUAUUGAGUUCAAUCCAUUCUGCUCAACGGAAGGGUGUAUUUAUCAAAUAACUCCUCAGGAACUAGAACUUCUGGACAAAUUCGUUGGCUAUCCUAAGCAUUAUGAACACCUGAUGUUACCUGUGUGGAUGAUGAACUCUACAGACACAGACAAGCUUGGGGUGGCCCAGUAUUGUGUACCAGCUGUCAUGUAUAUUGCUCAGCAGGAGUGGAUAGCCAAAGAUGAGGAGAAAUUGAGCUGUGAUUAUGCCCUGACCCAAUGCAUCAAGAGCUCAGACCUUGUGACACCAAACUACAGGGAAUUCUUAGUGAACAAAGCUGGACCAAUAGAAAUCCAGAUCUAAAUUUAGAACCCAGUGAAACUGGGUGUAGGAUUAGUGAUUUGAUUGUCACUGAGUAUGCUUCUCAGAAAUCUUUAGUAUUAGGUCAGUAGAUUGCUUUGUAUCCGAGACUUCUUGACUUACUAAGACAUGAAAUAUCCAUAACACGAGUUGAUCAUCAUCAGUGAUACAGGACAUGUGAAGUGAUGGAUUGAGUCAUUGGAAAACAUAGUUUGGUGGAAACUGAGAACUGUGCUAAUGAAGUGAAAUAUUGACAGCAAAAUAGAGGGAUAAUGUAAUGGAGAACUGGAGGAGAGAUCUGAUACUUAGCUUUGUCUUUCUUACAAUUGACCUUAAUUGCAAAAACUUUUACAGGAGCUUAUGUGAUAAAAGAGUACUAUUUACCCUUUUUAUAGAAUUGUGUGCAUUAAUUAUGCUUCCCUGGAAUAUACUUUUGCUGACUGAAAGUACUUUUUCUUGUAUGCAGGGACAUAACUAAUGACACAGCUUUAUAUCUUGGCUUGCUAACAUUGUUAUAUAGAACAAAAACACAAUUAAUGUUAAAACACAUAUGAUAAAAUCUGUGAUUGAGUCUUCAUAUACUAAGUUUUAUUUAUUUAUACUUAUUCCAGUAUUAACAUUGAGGCAGGGAAGGGUGCAGCAUUAAAACUGAUAGAAGUGCUGCCUUGGUAUUAUCUUGUUUUCUGCAGUUUGUAAUUUUAUUCUUAACCGUUAUUCAUACCUCAUAUCGUUGUGUUUAUUGUUAUGUUACAUGUUUUGCAUGUACUAAUGUUUUGUUUAUUUUUUGAUUUAAACUCUGAAUUAGACAUGCUGCUAGUUAGUGAUAAAAGAUAGUGUAGUCUAAGCCCAAGUUGCUUUUUAAGAUAUUAUAGAAACAGGAUAUUCAUUUGUUUUAUUUUAAUAAAAGUUUGAUAAGAA